AUGCCUACUAAAUUAUUCAACAAUGAUGACAAUUAUAAUACUACUAUUAGUAGUAGCAGUAGUAGCCAGCUCAAAAAAACACGAUCACAAAAACAUGUGAAAGUUUCACAUGUGUACCAUGAAGCUCUCAGUCUUAUGAAUGAACAAGCAUUCACCACUAAUAUCAAAGCAUAUAAUCAUGAUAAUGAUGAUGAUAUUCAUCCUCAUCCUCAUGACGAUAAUCCAAUUGAUCAUGGACAUACUGUUAUGACGAUGAAUACAACAUUUCCGAAUUCAAAAUAUGCUUGUUGUUACAUCGAACAUGAUCAACUAAUUGAAGACUGCGCCUGUCGUCUAAUUCAAUCAUUAGAUGUGGAUUGUCUACUAAAAUCAGCUGAUGAUUGUCCUUUGGAUGGUGGCGAUGAUUUUGGUGAUGAUAGUGGAAGUUGGGCAGAAACACACUUUCUAUGUGGUUUACAUAUGGCUAGUGAAUUAGUUGAAUUUGCUAAAGCUUUAAACAACAUACUUUUCCAUGGUAGUAUGUUGUUGUAA